AUGUCCACCCCAGAUCUCGAAGAAGGUAAAAAAGUAUUGGACAAAUUAUCCCAGAUCAAAGAUAAAACGGAGAAAGAACAAGCUAAAGCAAACCUUACGGAUCAAGAAAAAGCUGCUGUGAGAGCAUAUUCAGAAGCACAAGCAAAAGCAGCAAAAGCAGCCAAAGCAGCACAGAAAGCACAAGCAGCUAGCCAAUCCGGGAGUAAAGACGAACCCGAGUCCCAGCCCAACACCGCUAGCACCCAACCUACCGAGCAACCGUCGACGGCUGGGACUCAGGAAAGUGGGACAAAAAUGGAUAGUAGAAGAUCCAGUGUGGAGUCUAGCAGACCUGACACUGCCACGACGGAUGGUACGACUGCUACUAAUACUACCGAGGCGAGUACCAACACUCAGGCUAGUGCAACUACGAAUGCUUCGGAUGGAACGAAGAGAACCAGAACCUCGAGAGGGACAGCAACUGAACCACCUUCUUCUGCUGCACCUCCUUCUUCUGUACCCACGGCUUCGGCUGUUCCUUCACCCACUACGGCGAGAAGUUCCGCCACUAGUAGAAGAACGCCUACACCGACGAAUGGUGAUUUAUGGGACAAUGUGGAGAAGAUGAAGAAAGAGGUGGACGAGGAGUUCAGAAAGGAUGAAGAGAUGAGAGAAAAGUAUGGUUGGUUGAGAUAUUUGUCUCCUUCCACCUCCUCCCGUCAAACUCGAGCUUCCACCCAGGCAUUCCUACCUGACGUCGACCCCGAACUUCUCAUGCGUCAAACGAAAAGAAUGAGAAUUACUUCCCAAAUUCCUGGUACUACCCAGACUUCCACGGUUGACGCUUCUCGAAGGGCUCUCGACACCAUUAAGGAUCGAUAUCAAUCCGGUCCUUCUCGCGAUCAACAAUCGUCCCAUCUUGAUGACCAGGUCAUCGAGCAAUAUUUCGACUUCGAAGGGGGUGCUGGGCCAUCUACCGUCGUCGAAAAUGAAAAUUCUCCCGGUAAGCAACCCACUGGUCCUCCUUCUGAGGCUUCCGACGAACUUGUGGAGGUUCCCGAAGAACUUGGUGACAUCUUUCACGCCCCUCGCAAGGUUACCGUCAACCAGGAACUGGUUAAGUUGCUCGAGGAUCGAAAAGACUCCGAAAUCGCUACCCUUUGGGCCAGCAUGACCUUCCCCUCUGUUCGUCUCGCGUUGAAGAACGAAGCUCUGGACCGUUUCCGCGAAACCAACGCCAUCAAGCCCACUGUAAAGUGGUUUAAGAACGCUCUCGAUCGUUUGGCCCAAGGUUGGCGCCUCCGCAACAAAAAUGGUGCUGUUGUUCGGCUAGAGGGUGAGCUCUGUACCGAUUGUCAACGUCGUCUCGAUGGUGGCGAAGACUUUCGUGUUGGUUGUAUUGGCCCUCGGUAUUGUUGUGGGAGCAAGAACGGUCACUUCCAAGGUUACUUUUGUCCUGGAGCACGAGCUUUGUGCGGCUUCGGUCCGCUAUCGAUCCCUUCCUGCCCAUGA